AUGGUGAAAGCUUUCCGUUCUUACAAGGAUAUGUUUCAUGUUGAUCAGCCAGAAGACAAUGCCAAGUUGGUAUUGGUAGCAAAUAGAAAUAAGGACGCACGCACUCAUAACAUGCCUACGUCAUCCGAAGUUGCUGCUCUAAUACCAGGAGAUUUCCCUGAAGGAAUGGAUAAACGAGAUAUUGUGUUAGAAACAAUAGAAGGAAAGCUAAGGAGGAUUAGUGAGCUAUAUGUUGGGUAUCUCACACUUCAAUACCCUCUGUUGUUUCCUUAUGGUGAAGAUGGUUUUCAGGUUGGUAUUGAAGAUGGAUUUGACGAUGGAAAAGAACGCAAAAGGAAAACGAUUAGCAUGAGAGAGUUCUAUGCCUUUCACAUACAAGAUAGGUUAUUGGAAUCUCAAGCAGUUAUUCGGUCUAAACGUCUGUACCAGCAGUAUUUGGUGGAUGUUUAUACUAUGAUUGAGUUUAUCCGUCUACGUUACCUCAGGAAAAACCAGAAAAAACUUCGAUCUGAUAAAUAUGUCAAUCUGGAGAAAGUUGCUAACGAUGGCAACUCUGAUCUAUCUAACAAUGGCAAAAGAAUAUUGAUACCUGCGUCUUUUACAGGUGGUCCACGAUACAUGAAUAACAACUACUUGGAUGCAAUGGCAAUUUGUAAACAUUUUGGUUUUCCAGAUUUGUUUAUAACAUUUACUUGCAAUCCAAGUUGGCCAGAGAUUGUUAGGUAUACAAAAAAACGAAAUCUGAAGCCAGAGGACAGACCAGAUAUUUGUUGCAGAAUUUUCAAAAUGAAGCUAGAGAGUUUGAUGUCUGAUUUGACAGAGAAGAACAUAUUUGGAAAAAGUGUUUGCGGAAUGUAUACUAUUGAAUUUCAGAAAAGAGGACUCCCUCAUGCACAUAUAUUGCUGUGGAUGGCUCAGAAACACAAAUUCCCAACCCCGGAAGCGAUUGACGAAGUAAUAUCUGCAGAGAUACCCGAUAAAGAUACUGACCCUUACCUAUACGAAGUUGUUAAAAAAAAACAUGAUUCAUGGUCCAUGUGGAGCGAUCAACAAGAGUUCACCAUGAAAACAGAUGCGUUUGUUGAAAAAAACGGAUUGAAGAUUGACAACAGUUUCGUUGUUCCAUAUAACCGGGAACUAUCUCUUCGUUACAGAGCUCAUAUUAAUGUGGAGUGGUGCACUCAAGCCAGGUCUAUCAAGUAUGUUUCUGCAUGUGAAGCUGCUUGGCGUUUACUGGCUUUCUUAAUUCAUUUCCGAACUACACCUGUGGAGAAACUAUAUUUUCAUCUUGAGAAUGAGCAGUCUGUGCUUUAUGAUGAUGAUGAUCCAGUUGAGACAGUACUUAAUCGUAGAUCAAUCCAAACAUCUAUGUUCCUUGCGUUUUUUGAAGCUUGCAAUAAAUAUCCUGAAGCAGAGGAUCUAACCUACGCAGAGUUUCCCACUAUGUUUGUUUAUGAUAGGAAGAAAAUUGAGUGGAAACCACGACAACAAAAAAAUAGAAUAGCUGUUGGGAGAUUAACUUAUGUCCCUGUGUCAUGUGGUCAGUUAUACUAUUUACGUGUUCUAUUGAACAUACGUAAGUGUCCUAAAGGGUUUAAUGAUCUAAAGACAGUAGAUGGUGUGUUAUAUCCAUCUUACAAAGAAGCCUGCUAUGCAAUGGGACUCUUAGAUGAUGACAAAGAAUAUAUAGAUGGUAUAACUGAAGCCAGCAAUUGGGGUACCGGAUUCUUUCUUAGAAGAUUGUUUGCGAUUAUGCUUCUUACUGAUUGCUUAAUAAAUCUCGGUGGGGUUUGGGAAGAGACAUGGCAUCUUCUUUCUGAAGAUAUUGUUUACAGGAGGAGGUCCGUAGAAAACAAUCCAGAUUUAACUCUUGAUGAUCAACAACUGAAAAACUUGACUUUGGAUGAUGUAGAAUCGAUAUUGCGAAGUAAUGGAAGCUCACUUGCUAACUACGAUGGCAUGCCUAUUCCAGAUAGUACCAAUCAUAAUCCCGCUAUUAAUAGGUUGCUAUUCGAUGAACGCAAUUAUGACAAAGCUGAAAUGGCUGCUAUUCAUGAUUCAAUGCUGCCUGGUCUGACUGAUGAGCAAAGGAAAGUUUUUUCAGAAAUUAUGGAAGCAGUUACUGAAGACAAGGGAGGUGUGUUUUUCGUUUACGGUUUUGGAGGGACAGGAAAGACUCAUCUAUGGAAAAUCCUUUCUGCUGCAAUUCGGUCUAAAGGACAAAUUUUUCUCAAUGUUGCAAGUACAGAUUUAGCAGAAUUAGUCGCUGAGGCAUCGCUGAUAAUAUGGGAUGAGGCUCCCAUGAUGAGUCGAUAUUGCUUUGAAAGUUUGGAUAGAAGUAUGCGUGAUAUUAUAAGACGCCAUGAAGAUAAACCAUUUGGGGGCAAAGUUGUUGUUUUUGGUGGGGAUUUUAGACAAAUACUGCCUGUUAUAAGUGGUGGAGAUCUUGAUGAAGGCGUUGCUCAGGAAAUUAAGAGUUUUUCUGAAUGGAUACUUAAAGUAGGUGAUGGAAAGAUUAAUCUACCAAAUACAGGUGAAGUGUCUAUUGAUAUACCAGAGGAGCUCCUAAUUAAACAAUGCGAUGAUCCUGUUAAUUCUAUUAUUGAAGCUGUAUACGGUCUUGGAUUUGAAGACCAAAACGACCCUAAUUUCUAUCAAGAUCGAGCUAUUUUGUGUCCCACAAAUGCGAUGUUUCCGUUAUCAACGAUCACAUGUGAGGAGAAGACAUAUUUAAGCUCUGAUUCAAUAGACCCAUCUGAUACAUCCAACCAGGAUAGUAGGGUACAUACUCCAGAUUUUUUGAAUAAUAUAAAGGUUUCUGGCUUGCCUAACCAUUCAUUGACGCUUAAAGUUGGGGCACCUGUUAUGUUAUUGAGAAACAUCGAUCCUAAGGGUGGUCUAUGCAAUGGAACAAGACUACAAAUUACUCAGCUAGCUGAUCAUGUGAUAGAGGCUAUUAUACUAACAGGUGAGACUCAUGGUCAGAAGGUUUUUAUUCCGAGAUUGAAUGUUUCCCCACCAGAAGAUCUGCAUCCCGGUCAAACGAACUGGACUAUAAGAGUUAAAGUCUUGAAGAAAUGGCAUGUCAAGCAUCCUAGCCAACGUCAUUCCUUGCAGUUUAUGUUGAUGGAUGAAGAGGCUGAAACUAUUCAAGCUUUUCUCUAUAUUCCCGAUUUGAUCAAGAGUUUCGACAUGUUAAUUGAAGAAGUUGAUCUCAUUGAUCCUAUCGAAGUUGACACUCCUCAUGGUUUUCUCAAAUUUUCUGAUGUUCUUGGUGGCAAAACUGAGCCUGGCAUUCCCAUCGAUAUUAUGGGUUUUGUUGUCAAUAUUGAGCCACUGGUCACAGUUACUGAUGAUUCUUACCCUGAAAGACAAGAUAAGAAAACCGCCAGCAUCUCUUUCACUAUCAAGGAUGAUAAGUAA